CCGUCAUCUCGUCUCUUCCCCAACCAACUCACCACCGUCCUCCACUUUCGCUUCACCUCACUUCUCCCCCCCCCCCCCAUCCAACCGUGGAAGCAUUGCAACCAUGGCUGACGCUCUGAAGGCCGAGGGCAACAAAGCCUUCUCCACCAAGGAUUAUCCCACUGCGAUUGAAAAGUUCACCCAGGCCAUCGGCAUCGAGCCCAGCAACCACAUCCUCUACUCCAACCGUUCCGCCGUUUACGCUGCGCAAUCCGCAUACCAGCAGGCCCUUGAGGAUGCUGAGAAGGCUACCGAACUCAAGGCCGAUUGGUCCAAGGGCUGGCUCCGCAAGGGUGCCGCCUACCGUGGUCUAGGAGAUCUCUGUGAGUCGAGACUUCAUCUCGGGUGAGAUAAAAGGGGUGGCGUGCUAACCUCACCAUCUGUAGUGGCUGCCCACGAUGCCUACGAAGAAGCCCUCAACCUCGAGCCCGGC